AUGACCAGUGGGCGGACUGUUUUGCCCCUCUGUUUUAUAUCGAUUUCCCUUGCUGCUCCCCGCGUCCUCAUCGUGCAACUUUUCGUUGGAUUUUCUUCCUCCUAUAGUGUUAUACACGUGUUGCUCAUCGUGGAAGGGAAGAAACAUGGAAAAGCGGGCUCUUCCAUUUGCUUCCACAGAUUUCUCGAGCUCUCUCUCAAGCUCCGAAUCGCUGGCCUCCGCAAGAAGGAAAUCGCCAAUUCGAAAGCUUGGUUUCCUGCUUUCUCGCUAGAGAUCUCUACCAAGGCUGCUCCACCAUACUUGCGUCCGCUCUUUCAAACCAGGUGGUGUUCUGGUUUGUCAUUCCUUCUCAUCACUUCUACAAGAGGUAUCAAAUUCGGUUUUGUUUGUAUGGUAACAUGGAUUGCUCAGGUUACGUAGGAGAGGAUGGAGGUGAGAAAUACAAUUGGGAAAGAUAUGCUGAGAGGUUUACAAAACACCUUUGAAGCUGUCGUAGCUUGAAUGGAAGACACAAUUCCAACACCUAUCAAUCAGGUACAACCGUAUAAAAAGGCAACAAAGAUUAAAGUCCACGUGUGUAGAAUGUGGAGACCGAGAAUUUCAUGAAUGACUAAUAAAAUUACAAGUCUGCAUUGUAUACUGGUUGACAAAAGGUGGUACAAUAGUUCUAUCCGAUGAUGGUCGCUAUUUUUCAAAGGAUGCUGUGGAAUUUCAAGAUUGAAAACCGCUGGCUUUCAAUCUUUUAAAACAAAUUACCUUUGUAAGGUAUCAAAACUAUAAUUUUUCUAUAGCAAAUAAUUUUUUUCCUUCA